GAGAACUACACUUUCUUUCUGUUGAUCACCGACCGUCCACCUGCGCUUUUCAUCGCUGCACGUUCACGUGGCUUUGACAGUCAAUAAAUAUGGAACUCCGUACAUUGUUAUUAUUGUUAUCCGUGAUAGCAGUAGCAGUAGCGUUUCCACAAAAAGAUGGUCAAAUUUUUAGCAACGAGGCUAUAAAACAAGCGCAAAAUACCUAUCUCAUUCCAAAAGAUGCGACAAUACAGAAAGUUCAAGAAGGUAUUGAAUUGGCUGCAUACGAAUCAAUUCCUGGAGAUCAGAAGAUUAAUCUUUUUGAAAUCCUGGGAGAACACGUUCCUCCGGAAGUCGUGAACAAUCUUCAGGCCCAGAUCGAUCAGAUAGGACGAAAUAAUUAGAUUCGUCUCCUUUCCCCAAUUAUCAUCGUUUCCUUGUAAAAAUUUCUCUAGCCCUAAGUUUUAUAACAAGUAUUUAUAAAAUGUGAUACAUUUUUUAA